ACUUCUAAAACGACAAAAAAAAAACUCGCAACUUUGAAUGAUAAUAACUCAGAAGCCAGCUUGCAAGUUGACUCCCCAAUUUGGGAAUAAAAAGCUCUGAUUUCUUGUGUGAAAUUAUUUUAGUUGUGGAUUGUGAUGAUGCUUUUGAUUUUUUGAGUGUUGGGACGAGAAAACUUGUCUGGACACAAUGAUUAAUUUUUGUAAAUACUUUAAGAAAUGCGAUUGUCCGCCCACCCCAAGGUGUAAAUGUGAUCUAAUGCUAAUAUCUAGAAACUAACCUAACAACCUUUCUGAAAAUAGAAAAAAUGUCAAGAUCUCAAUAAGUUAAGAUUCAGACCUACAAAACAACUGACAUAAUGAUUAAAAUUAAUAUCUUCAUGAAGCGCAAGCCAAUGAAGCCUAAAUAUCCUAGAUUAUGGUUGAUUUUCAACUACACACUUUAUUUUUGUUGGAUCCUAUUACUGUCUUGACUAUAUCUGAGUAGAAUUUUCUUAAAUGCUUACGUGGCAGAGUGUGCUUGUUGCACUCUCUUGUGGAGGACAUGAAUAAGAGUGGAAUAUGUUGGAGGGUGAUGAAGAACUAAUUAAUGUAGAAUGUUAAAUAUAAUGUAAAAUGUUACAUAUGCAACUUGUUGUUCGUACUUACUAGAAAAGGUCAUUUUUACAAGCUUGUUUUAAAAAAAUAUUGACCAACCAAACAUGAAAAUAUUGAAAUAAUCAAAGAUUUGAGAGAUAAAUUUGGACCUUCAUUUUUUAAGAUUUUGGACAACUAGACCAUCAAUUUUCCACUAAAGAUGUUUAAUGGCAAGGCCAAAUACAAAACAUUUGCUAACGGUAAAAGAACAAAAUUGAACAAAACUUCCAUAAGACAGACAAUAGGAUAACUCCCUUUUAGAGAACUCCGAGAGGUUUAUUUUCUCUGACUAAUUUUCUUUCACAAAGUUUAAGAUCCCAAAUCAGUUAGUAUUUCCAAUUUGGUAGAAACUUUCAAUCAGAAAACGCCACUAUUGAAUCAAGAACCUUCCUUUUUCAGCUGUUCUUGAAAUGCUACAAUUAUUGUCACUUUGUUCAAUAUGAUUGGCGCCCUUUUUCUACCAUCUUCAGGUUUGCUUUUUCCUUUAAUUUGCUUCAUUUUCAGGUCAAACAGUUCUUGCGGUUUUUAAAAUUGUGCUUCUUUCUGGGUUUGUGUUGAGGGUAGCAAAAGAAAAAAUAAAUUAUGAAAGUUCUUUUAGGAUUAGAUGUUUUGCUAUUUGAUCGAGAAAUGUAAAAAUGGUUACUUUGAUUUUGAGUUGUUGCAUUUGGUGAGCUAAAUUUUCACUUUAGGACCAUUUUUGUAUCAAGUUGAGCAUGGAAGUUGAAAGUUCAGAAAGGGAAAGCAUAACUAAGAGUAUACUUAGGUUAAAAAGUUACUGCCUUUCUUUUAUAUUCCCUCUAAUGUAAAACUAUUUAGUGAGAUUUCUUGUUUAAAUAGAACAAAAUAAGCUUUCUUGUAAGUUUUGAUAUGACCCUUUUUGAGUUUCUGCAAUUCCCUUCGGAAGUACCCAUGGAAAUGAUCCUAAUUUUAUCAGUUCUUUUGGAGGUAAAAUUGGGUGAAUUAGCCCGGUCAAAAGUUGCAUUAGCUUGUGCUUGCACCGUCUUGCGAUUCAAUGGAAACAAAAGAUAUCCACUUUUUGCAGAAUCUGUUAAGGCAGUAGUAAUUGUUGCCUGCAACAUGAAUAGUAGGACGCCUUAUGAAUGAACACGAUGUAGUGUACUUGGCUGGUUUCUACCAUUUAGUUGCUCCCAAGUGGGGUGUCUUGAUGGCAAAAGCCAUCAAAAAGUGGAGGACUUUCUCAUUUCCAUCCCGUGUACCAAAAUAAAAAAUUGGAGGUGUACAUAGCCAGUUUUGCUCUUAAAAAGUUGUUCUAGCAUAGCUAGUCAAAUAACUGUCACUAGAUCACCUAAUCUAAUUUUGGUAAUAGAAUGACUGAUAUGGAAUCGUGAUGUUUGAACUGCAGUUGAAAGGUAUAUGAAGGAAGCAGAAGAGAUUCGCCGUGCUAUGUUGCCUGUGGAGCUAAUUAAAAGAAUGAAGGAAAUCCAGAAAGAAGCAUAUGUCGAACAGAAGGAUGCAAAGCAGACUGCUGCAGUAGACGUCAUAUCUAGGCUGAACAAUUCUCGGUCCUAUUCUGAUUCAGGCAGCGUGAAAGGGAAACAAGUGCAGUUAAGGACUCGAUAUGGGCAGUUUUUGAGAGGUAAUGGGGGGUUGCCACCGUGGAGAAAUUCGGUGACACGUGAUAUUCCUCAUAGGACUAGUACUCAAGAUUGGAUACUUUGGGAUAUUCAUGUUGUUGAAAUAUUGUCACAUUCUCCGGUGCCGACGCCGGCGCCUACGGUGGUAAAUCAUUCGGAUUCGUUUGCUUCAGAAUCUAGUUCUCCUACUACUACUGGUUCCUCAAAAUCCUUCAACUUUUCUAGACAAGAGGUAGGUGUAAGGUCUGCGUACACUCUAUUCUCCCGGACCCCACUUGUCGGAUUACACUGGGUAUGUUGUUGUUGUUGUAAGUUCAAUGAUUUAUUUAUUUCGCACAAAUUUCAAAUUUGCAACUUAGGAAGUAUCUUAAUUUUACCCUUUGUUAUAUUUUGGAAUCAUUUUGCCAUUAGCAAAUUGUCUUCUUGUUGUUUUUUACUUUAGGGGGUCGUUUUCUUGGAGGGAUUAGGUGAGUUAUUCCGGUUCUAAAUUUGGAAUUAAAUUUAUCCCAUGUUUGGUUUGAGGUAUUAGCUAAAAUCGGUAUUCAAUUUAAAGACUAUAAUCUGAAUAAUUUAUCGCAUAUAGAAGGUGUGAUAAGUUACCAAAGUUAUAGUUCUGGUUUUAAUCCCAGGAUUAUAAUCGUGGGGAAUCCUGGUCUUAAACCAAACUGCCAAUAAGGGGAUGUUUGGAUUGUAAUCCAGGAUAAAAUUUGGGAUUACAUUUACCAUGUUUGGUUAUGGGUAUUAGCUGAUACUGGUAUAAAUUUUGAACCAAAAUCGCCAUUAGGUAUUAGAUUCCUAGGAUUUUUAGUCCCUGGAUAAUUCUGUUUGGAACCAAACGACCCUAAGAGAGCUCCAGCAUGGACCGGAUGGAGUUCACAUGCCAAGAUAAUUCGGAAAAAAGUUUAAAUAUAUCCCUCUAGUUCUGACAAUGGUUUGAAAUUAGGCUUCUUUAUGCUUUAGUUUGGAACCCCUUAUGGUUAUGGACAAAUGCGAGAUGAUCUGUUAUAUGAAUAGCCUUGUACAUGAGUAUUUUUUUAACCUUUUGGCUUAUGAUUAUUAGUAUUAUUUUCUUUUAAUAUGUUGAUGUUCAAGUCAGCUUAUUUUAUCGUUUGCUAAGUCCAUAAAUAAAAAUGUUUGGUGAAUUUGUUAAUUUGGGAUGUGAAUUUAAUGAUUAUUAUGUUAUGGUACUCAAUUAUCUGUUUUUUCUCUCCUUUUGGCAGUCAAGUGAUUCUUUGGUUAAUUCGCCGCCUAAGUUGGGAGAUUGAAAAAUCCAGCUACAUCCAUCUACCGCAUCACGAAGCUAAUCUUAGGCAUUUUUGUUCAUUCUUUAGUUCAAUCUUUUAUAGGGCCUGUAGGAAAACUUUUGAAUUCGUCUUUGUCCCCAUCAGUCUAUUCUGUUCCUGUAUAGUCAGCUGAUUUUAUUCUACAUUGAUGUUCUCGCUAACAUGUUAACUUCUUGUUAUGGUGUAUCAGAGGCAACAUAUUUGCAAAUCCAAGAAUGCCAUUGUAGGCCAAAUGUGGGGAGCACUUAAAUGAUGCAGUAGAUGGAUGUAGCUGGAUUUUUGUAUCAGGAAGUGAGGAAGGUGGAUGUCGUCUAAACGUAUUUCCAUUGUUUAUAUAAGGCUUUGAGUGCUGAGAAAGUAAACAGAGAUGUAUUUACUAGAAUAUCUACUCUGGAUGUUAAUAUCAUACUAUUCCACGGAUUAAUGAAAAAUGAAGGAUUCCUUGUUCAUUAUUCAGGA